AUGACGUCGGCACAAGGCAAAGUGCUGACCCUCAGCGAGCUUCGCGUGUUCGAGCUGAAGCAGGAGUUGGAGAAACGUGGGCUCGACAAGAGUGGCAUCAAGCUGGCGCUGGUGGAACGCCUCGAAGGGGCUAUUCGUGCGGAGGGUCAUGAUCCCAAGACAUAUAAGUUUGUGAUCAGUGACUACGCUAAAUCACCGACUACGGCUACAUCGAAGGACCCUUCCGGUGAGAUGACCACGGAAGGUUUGUUAAUAAUUAAAAUUAAAUUUCUUGCGCGAAGAAAUAUAUAUCUAUUGAGAGAAUGA